GCGCAAUAUAAAUAUCUCCUCGCUUUAGAUCAAACAGUGGCAUUUUUUUGCGAGGACAAGAGCAAGCAACACCCUCAGUGAUGGAUUCCAUUCUACAGUACGUUCAAAACAUCGACAUUUACACUUGGUUGGCGUUAAUUUUUGGCGUUUUAGUGCUCAUCUACUGGCAAGGUUUGCGUCGAUACAACUCUAUCCUGGGCGGUUCUCCGCUCCCGGGUCCAAAACCCUGGCCCUGGCUCGGUAACCUCCUUGAUAUAUUCAAAUAUGGUGGCAUUCACAAAAUGUUCCUAAACUACUUCUACAAGUACGGACGAGUGUACAAGUCGUGCUUCGGUCGCUCGCCGAUUAUUGUCGUCACCGAUCCCGAAAUAGUCAAGCAAAUUAUGGUCAAGGAUUUCCAUAAGUUCCCAAAUCGACAAGCCUUCAUCAAUCCCAGACCACCUCUGAACUCAGGGCUGUUCAUCGCUCAAGGAGAGACGUGGAAGCGUAUAAGGACGACUCUAACCCCGACCUUUACCGCGAACAAACUGAAGCAGAUUGUACCGAUAAUAGAAAAUGCCUCGCAAAAGCUUCAUGCCAAAAUGGAAAAGUUCUCCGAAACGGGUGAGUCAGUGGAUGUCAACCGUCUUUUCAGUCUUUUCGCUUUAGAAGUGAUCAUGAAAGCAGCAUUUGGAUUCGACACUGACGUGCAAAUGAAACCAGAUCCAGAGUUUGUAGAAAAAGCUAAAAACGUCUUCAAAACACCCAUCUACAUUCGAGUGUUCUCCGUGUUUCCAUUCUGGACCUACCUCAGCCGCUUCUUCAGCAUCCUCCAGAACGCAGAUUAUUUCGUCGCUUUGGCCAAAAGCAUGCUUGACCAACGAACCCAGCAAGGUUCAGCAGGAGCUAGAGAUUUGGUACAGCUUAUGCUGGAAGCCCACGAGACCACAGUAGAUGGAGUCAGUAAGUUAAGUGAUAAUGAAAUCAUGGCCCAAUCUAUUACCUUCUUGUUGGCCGGCUUCGAGACUACCGGAAGCACUUUGACAAAUGCUGCAUACCUCCUGGCAGACAAUCCAAAGGUUCAAGAUAAGCUCAUUGAGGAGAUCGACAAAGCUGAAGAGGCCCGUGGAAGUACCCCCCUUUAUGAUCACGUGCAAAAACUCGGGUACUUGGAUCAAGUCAUCUCUGAGGUCCUUCGCCUUUGUUCCCCGGCUUUUAAUCUCAUCCGUCGCUGUGAUGAAGAGGCGGAGUACAAAGGUAUCCGUAUCCCUAAGGGAGUUGAAGUCAACGUUCCCUCAUACGUGCUGCACCGAGACCCAGAGGUUUGGGAGAGCCCCCUAGAGUUCAACCCGGAGAAUUUCUCCCCCGAAGCAAAGGAGAAGCGGAACCCGUAUUCCUUUCUCCCGUUUGGAACAGGUCCACGCCAGUGUAUGGGGAUGCGUCUUGCUCUUUUGGAGAUUAAACUCGCUUUGCUGAAAAUCCUGCAACGAUUCAAGUUUGAACGUGCUCCGGAAACCGUGGCUACGCUGGAACACCGAGCUGUGCUUCUAAUGGCGCCUAAAGACAUUAUAUACCUCAAGAUAAAAGCGCGUUAAGUUUUCACAUUCAAGAAACAUUUUCCACUAACUAUAUCUGCUGGUAGAUUUGUAGCAUUAUUAUCUUACAAGUAUUGAGCGUCUUUGAGGAACCAUACUUUCAUGUAAAUCAUCAUUCAAUGCGGGUGUAACAAGUACAAUACGCGCGGAAAUUUUGCGAAUUACUCGGUAAAUUUUCGAGCCCCGUUUACAUGGGCGAGGAAAAAUACAAGUGCAAAGUGUCACGCAAAGUGUGUUAUUAUGUUAAACCAUAGUUAAUCGAUUAACUAUGGUUAAACCAUCGAAUACGGGAUUCAUUAUUCUACUAUUAUUUCAUUUUCUAGUAAGCGGUUAUCUUUCGAUUUCGGAAUACUUACAUCGGCCUUAUCUGAGUAAUGAACCGAUCGCAUAAGGCGUGCGAGAAGGAUGAAAACAACACAAACGAAACCAAUAAAGUGAUAUUUUUGAGAGCAAAAA